UAUCACCGAACUAGCUUUGAGUAUGGGCGAAACCAAGUGUACAAUUGGAGGUGGGGGGACACACUUAUUUUCCUUAGCAAACGGAAAUAUAUUAAAAAAGGAAUAGACAUAAAUAAAUAGAAUAGAUGAAGAAAAGACAGAUCCGUUGGCAGGGUUCAUUAAAGGGGGACAUAUAGAAAAUAUUUUUUACUGUAUAUUGGGGGGACAGAUUGGUAUUUCCAUAAUAUUGGGGGGACACAACCACCCCCCAAAGUGCAUGGUUACGCCCAGAACAUUCUAGAACUUUCAAACGGUAUAUAAGCAUCAUUUUAAACUGACCCAUUCAAAAGCGAAAAAUCAUUUUGUUCAAAGGACGUGAUUUUUUUCUGUGUUUUCCCUCAUUUUCAUGGCGUAUUCCAACAAAAGCGAUGAGUGUUGGCAUAUUACUAACACUCCACUGACCUUCAGAGUGACACACAUCGAGUUUAUCGACGAGUGAACUGACCAUUAAAUGUAGUAGUUACAGGCAGGCCCAAUGGUGGAAGGAGGAGAUAUGGUGUCUGUCUCUACAAUGUGAUUUUCUCAAGACUUUGGCUGCUUCGCCCCUCCUAGACCCAACUCGGAUACCAAAUGGUACGUGAACGGGAGUGGGUAUUUUGCGGACCUGACGGACGCACUGGAGAAGGCGGAGGAGGAGAUCUUCAUCACUGAUUGGUGGUUAAGUCCCGAAAUUUUCCUCAAGGAGCGUCCAGCACAGAAUAACCAAUGGCGUCUUGACCAGAUCCUCAAACGCAAAGCCGUAAGCAGCAGAUUUGUGCUUUUCAGCACACAGAUAAGAACGAGGCAGGUGUAAAGGUUUAUGUACUGUUGUACAAAGAGGUUCCAUUUACCGUCAGCAUUGACAGCAAGUACAGUAAGAGAACCUUUAUGGACCUGCACAAUUACAUCAAGGUUAUGCGUCAUCCCAACCACGUGACCUCCGGAGUCUUCCUGUGGUCCCACCAUGAAAAGUUGGUGGCUAUCGAUCAGUCGAUGGCCUUCAUGGGCGGGCUGGACCUUGCUUUCGGCAGAUGGGACGACAGUAAUUACAGGCUAACUGACGUCUUAGUAUCGGGCACAGAUAUUCAGGGUGCAUGUUCAGUUCCAAAGACUAAAAGGAAGGCUGUCGCUGGCGGAGCGGGUGAUAAAAAUACACUGUUGUGGUUAGGAAAGGACUACAACAACUUCUUCAUGAAGGACUGGACACAGAUAGACAAACCUUUUGAAGAUAUCGUGGACCGGACGAUGGUGCCGCGCAUCCCGUGGCGUGACCUCGGAGCCAUGGUCCAUGGGAAGGCAGCCAGCGACCUUUCGCGCCACUUUAUUCAGCGCUGGAAUUUCACUAAGGACAGAGGAACACAGCUUGGGACUGAGAGAGGAAACAGAAGUUCCUUGUCCAGUGACUCCUGGAGAACAGGUGUAUCUAGGGGUGUUCGAGCCCAGAAGCGAGGGGCCAUACAAAGUGAGCACCUAGAUUAAGACCUAGGAGAAAAGAGGAUCAGGUGAUCGAAGGGGACGAUCCAGUGGUUGACAUUGCAGAAGAAAGAACAAGCCAAGACAUGAGAGAGGGUUUAAAUGAAGGUAAGGGAGAACCAAUGGCAGUCUCAGGCGAUGGCAAAGGAGAAGGUCAGUCAGGGGUCAUACCAACAGAGCAGGAGGGAAUAAGGGCCCCUGCUGCUGAGAGUGGUUCUGACGAGCCUGAUACACCUGCUGAAGGAGAAAGAGGCCCAAGCAGACGUCCCUUCCAGGACAACCUUUCCACAGUUGACUCUUCAGCCCUUGACUGGCCUCCAAAACACUACUGAACUAAAGCUGAAUGAGACAAUCAGUGAGCCAGAUUGAAUCUCUGAUCAGCUGCAACAGGAUGGAACAGAUUCCAGUUCCUCAAGUGAGGACGAAGAAGAAGUUUGAUGAACCAUGCCCUGGGUGUAAGUGUUAGCAAAAUCCUCUCCCCAAAGGUGACCCCCUGCAAUAUGCAAAGUGUCUGGGUCGAGACAAACAUUGUUAGCACAUUCCCUGAGAAAGGAUGUGAUGGAGUUUUUAUUUUUGCUUUUUCCAUUUUUCCAUUUUUCUAUCUUUUGAUUUUUUAAAAAAUUUUCUAUUACAAUAUAAUCAAGUGUGAUUAGAGGCAGGGUUAUCACUGUCUGAUUUAUCAUUGUAAUCAAACUGAGAAAAUUGUUUUGUAUUCAUGUUUAUUAGUCUAUACUUGUAUCAGCUAUGUGCUCAAUCUACUGUGUAUUCUACAUAACUGUCACAACCACAGGCAAGUGCUGAACCAAAUGCAUGCUCACGCUUGAUUUUUAUGGUUAGGGAAAGGAAGACAGAAUCUUUUACUCCUUUCUAGACAAGGGGAGAGGAGAUGUUUGUUUGUGGUCUCCAGAGAGAGUGGUUUCAGGAUUUGGUCAUUGAUAGUUGGCUUACGUACUCCUACAUAGAUCACUAGUUAGUGUAAAUGAUGGGACUGGAUGGAGUGAAUCCCUAAUGAAGGGACUGGAUAGUGAGAUUACUCUCUCAUGCUUGGUGGAACUUAGUAAGUCCCAGAGGGGGGAAAAUAUAUUAAAUAUUUAUGACAUGUAAUCAUUUUGAAUGAUUACUUAAGCAUAAUCCAAUAAGCAAUAUUAGUUAAAAAGCAGAAUCUAUAUGUAUAAUCAAUAGUUAGAAGCAUAAUCUAAAGCCAUAGAACAACAUUUCAUCGAGUUAUAGUCUGAGUGUGUAUUGAGUUGGAUGAACUCUGUGACUUACUGUACAAUAGUUGUUCUUUCUGUACCAGCCUGUAUCCUCUUCCACAGGAGCAGAUAACUUAUGCCUGAUACCAAUUAACGACUUAGAAUGAGGCCUAAAAGGCGAGUGUGGAUCAAGGUCAGGACACACAAGCCUGUGUGAAACCUUUUUAUGAAAAAGAAGAAACCAUGACCUCAUGAAAUCGUGUGGAGAAAAAACAACUAACUGCGCAUGUGCCACAAAUUUAAGAUAACACAUAGACGUGAAUAUUUAAUUGUGGCAAAGAAGAUUGGUCUGUUUUUAAUGAGGAAAGGCAAAACCCUGCCUAAGAUGGAUACGCUUUGGAGGAAGGUAUAUAAAAUGCACUGUGUGCUUGCAUAAUUCGGACUCUCUGCAGACUGUCACACUUUAUUGGUUUUCUAUAAAGUUUAUUUACUUUUUGACAUCUACCAAACUUUCUGUCUCUUUGUCUUGGGCUAAAAAUGUGGAUUUAUCCACAAUUUCCUCAGCUGGAACAUUUGAUGUUUUCUAUGUUCUAUUGGGAAUAAAAUAUGGGUUUAUGAUCUUUGCAAAUCAUUGCAUUCUGUUUUUAUUUACAUUUUCCACAGCGUCCCAACAUUUUUGGAACUGGGAUUGUGUAUAUAUAUUUGACAAGAUGACUGCUGAUCUGCAGUUGAAAUAGGAUGCUUUUCAACAUAAAUGGACGCUACAUGAAACAUCUGUUUUAAAGGAAAUAGUUUGAAUGAAUGUUAACAUAUAAAUCCUGCACAUGUGCUAUGUGGACAUUUUCUGUUAGUAGGCUGUCAGCCCCCACCCUUUUUCUCUCUUUUUUUACUUUUAUUUUCUUUGUAUGUUUGUUUGCUUAAUUAUGUUUGUAAAAAAAAAAAAAACUUUAAA